GUCAUCACCAUGGUACUGUGCUCAAAAAUUCGACGUAUUUUACUUACCGACAAUACAUUUUUACGAAAUCGCUUUCGAAGUAAAAAACAUAGAAGGAUUGGAGUUCAUGAAAUGAACAAAAAACGUAAUGAAUUUGGCGAGUUUCAUCAUAUUUAUAAUGAAUUAAGAAGAGAUAGUGAAAGGUUUUUUAAUUUUCUACGUAUGUCAAGAGAGACUUUUGACUUUAUUUUGGCCAAAGUAAAAUUUAAAUUAACCAAAAAAACGACAAAUUUUAAAAAACCAAUUUCUGCAACCGAAAGACUUUAUGUGACACUUAGAUAUUUAUCUACUGGCCUUUCUUUUCGAAAUUUGGCAGUUACACUAAGAAUGGGAGCUUCGACAGUAGGUAAAAUUGUACACGAGACUUGUAAAAUAAUCUGGGAAGAAUUAGUUGAAGACUUUAUGCCUGUUCCGAAUCAAGACCAGUUAGUAAAAAUUUCAGAUGAUUUCUACAGACGAUGGAAAUUUCCUAACUGUAUAGGAUGUAUAGAUGGCAAGCAUUGUCAAAUCAAAUGUCCCAUAAAUAGUGGUUCAAGCUAUUUCAAUUAUUUGAAGUAUUUUUCAUUAGUUCUUCAAGGUGUAGCAGAUGCGGAUAAAAAAUUUAUAUUUAUCGAAGUUGGUUCUAGAGGUAAGCAGAGUGAUGGAGGGACGUUCGCAGCAUCGACACUUUUUCAACAUAUACAAUCCAAUACCUUUUUACCACCCGAUAAGGAAUUACCCGGAACUACGAUUAAAUUACCUCACGUGUUCAUUGGAGAUGAAGCAUAUCCUUUAAAAACGUUUCUCAUGAGACCAUUUCCAAGUCGCAAUUUGAAUGCCUUUAGAGAAAAUUAUAAUAAACGUUUGUCUGCUGCUAGAAAAUGCAUUGAAUGUGCAUUUGGUAUACUGCGUGCCAAAUGGCGAAUACUAGGAAAAGAUAUUGAAGUUAGUUCUGACAAAGCUGUACACAUUAUUAAGUGCGCUUGUAUUUUACAUAAUGUGGUGCGCGAAAAAGACGGAGAUAGUGAUCUCGAUUAUUGUCAAGAAAUGUUAUACAGUAAUGCUCAGGAAAACCAAAUUAAUAAUCUACAUGAAACAGGAAAUCACGGUGGUGCACGCAGAGGGUCAACAAGAGCGCAAGAAAUUCGAAAUGAAUUUGCAAAUUUCUUUUUGGACCAUUAAACUUAGAAAGCUGGCCACUACAUAAUAAUUUUUACUUUAAUUAAUUAGUUUAUCAGUAAGUA